UGCUACAGCUGUGCAUUUUAGUUUGUAUUGCCUCAAGGCUGUGGUCCACAAAGAAAAUAAGCCAUUUUAAAUGUCACAGUGAGAACUUCACCGACAGGCAAUGAAUAUCUUACCUCUCUGCACGCUGCUUCAGCUUUUGGCAGUUACUGUCCCUCAGAAAACGUUCCCGCAGAUGCCAGCGCAUCAGAUGGUCUCAAUUGGAAACACAGUUAAAUUGCAUUGUCAUACGGGUCAGUUGAUUUAUGAUGCCGUUCUAUGGUAUAAACAACAGCUGCGAGAACGUUUGCAAUUCGUUUACACCGUGGGCAAGCACUUACCUCCAGAUGGAAGAUUUUCUGGAGAAGUGAACAACAAAUCCACUGAGUAUUCGCUUGUGAUUCGCAAUAUCCAGAGAAAUGAUUCUGGUAUAUAUUACUGCUCCAAUAGGAAAUCGUACCUUAACCCCUUAGUAUUCGGAAAUGGAUCAAAAGUCCUCAUAACAGGCCGACCCAAAAUAAUCAUUUUGUCUACACCGCUGGAUGAAAUGUUUCCUUUGGAAUUUGUCCCAUUGAUGUGUUUAGUGAGCAACGUGAUAUCCGAUACUGCUGUCAUCGACUGGAAUAUAUCCACUUGGGAUGCUAAGGGUUGGUCAGAUUUUGUGACAAUGAAUUCUGCCACGGCAUACAGUAUCAUAAGUCACAUCAGAGUUCCAGCAGAAGCGUGGAAAUAUGAUACUGUCUGUACUUGCUCAGUUCAAAUCAACUCAACUGCAAUUCUUGUCAGUGAAAAGCUCUUAUAUCAGAGAGAACCACCACACAUCACUUGCCUUUUGAUGUUUCCUGGGGCUAUAAUGGUGAUGCUUGUCCUUGUCGUGAUGCUUACUGUUUUCAUGGGAUGCCGCUGCAGGAAUUGUGACUUAGGUAACUGGAACACCAGUGAGAAAUCAGAAUUUCGAAUACAUGUUGCAAAGCAAGAGACUCUUUAUGCUCACUUGGCUUUUACUGAAGAUCCAAUACUUUGAUAGGACGAAUACUCGUGAAUUGAAGCACAUGCACGUUGAUUUCUGACAUUGCACUUCAGUGAGACACGCUUUUCACCCAUAAGUGAAUAAGCCAUUUCUCGAAUCUGUGCUGUGUCCAUUUGCCCGGAAAUGGAACUUUAAUUUAGAAGAGCGACUGACACAGUGAAACCUGAAGCAUGAAUCCAUACUCCCUCCAGAAGAUUUCAUUACCUCUGCCCAAUGCAAUACACAAUUGCCAUUAGUGACUUACCAAUUUGAGGCUGGAAUGACCAAAAUAGAAAAGAUUCAGCCACUACUGAGAAAGGUUUUGUUUUGUGUUAUUAGAUUCUUUAACCUUUGCUGGUAAGACGACCAUUUAUUAAGAAUCCAAAAUGGCUAAUCAGAAAGUGAGCCCAUGUUUCUUGUAUGUGCUGUAGCUUUUGCGAUGAAGAUGCUGUCAAAGUGCCAUUAAAGCGUAUGUUGAAUGCAUUGAGUGUUAAACUGACGGUAGUGGGAAGAAUAACAGUAUAUUUCCAGGUUAUUGCUAACAGAAAUUUGGACUGAGCGCCCAAAUUCUUGUGCCUCUCAGCUUUUAUUCUUUUUAUUGGGUAGAAAUUGCGAUUUGGGUUUUUUUUAAUGACGUUGGCGAGAGAUUUCUGUAUAUGCUUUCGAUACCUUGCUGCCUUUAUCAUGGUGAUAGAGGAGUGCAUUUAAAAUAUGCACGUUAAUCAAACGAUUUUCUUAAGCAUAAACACAACCUGUCCAAUAACAUCUUUGGAGAAUGAAGCAGAAUUAACUUUUCGAAUCGGUUAUGAAUUCCUUUUUUCCAGGACUCACAGAGGUUAAUGAAUAUUUAUUUUUUGAGCUGUUGAUGGAGGCAAAAGAGGCGCAACAUCAACAGUUUUCAGAAAAAAAGAUAAAAAAAAAAUACUCAUAGCGAAGUAGGAAUGGAGAGGGAAAUUCGGUAUAAAUAAGGUAUGAUAAAGCGAAAAUAGGUUCUGUCUGUGAUAAGCAAAGUCAAAAAGGUACACACAAGAUGCAACUAUUCUGCCUGUAAGAAAGUCCCCAACUUUCCAGUUACUUGUCACAAACUCUCUUCCCAGUCAAACAGAUUCUUUAAUAAAUACAAUAAAUAAAACUGUAAGCAGCAGAAUGUAAACCAACAAAAUUUAUGUGCUAUAUUCCAUAGCAUAAAAUUCAUUUAUGUAACAUUAUUAUGUGUAUGCCACAUUUUUAAAACAUUAACAAGUGAGUACAUACUGCCUGAUAUCCCCCAAUAUAAUCUCCAGUUCUGUAUGGAAUAACCAGUAAAAUGUUUGCUUGAGGAGAAUGGUAGACUGAAGAAUAUAUGAGAGUAUGAAUUGUGGUUUAAUGCAUUCUGACACUGUGGCCAACAACAUCUAAUUGACACGCAUUCAACGUCUGGGUAACAGUUUUCACCUUGAUCUAUCAUCAUUAAAGUAAAGCUAAUACUGAAAAUAUGAGAAUUUUCUCAGCUAUAAUCUAUUCCAUAUUUACUGUUUUGACAAACUACACUGUGACAGCUAGGCUGGUGCAAACCAAUUCAAGAUUAUUAUCAUGUUCCCUCCUCCUCCCCUUAAUGACACUCAGCUUUGGUGUUUAUAUCAACAAGUGCCACAAUCUGACUUUUGCAGUUACAUAAUUCAGAACGAAGCAGACCACUUAGUUCUGGUCCUAAAGAUACGUCUGAUAACAACUAUUGCAUUCCCUUCCGCAAAGCAUUUUCUGUGCUGUUGCUCACUUCAAAGUUUCUUCCAAGCAUUCAACACUUGUGAUUCAAUUUCAUGUGCAAUUUACAAAUCAGAACUUGAAUCUGAUGGGAAAGUUAUUCACUAUUUGUUCAAAUUCAAACUUGCCAUUAUAAAACGUUAUUGAGACAGAUGCAGACCAUUGGUCUUUUCAUUUAUGUGUUGGAUGGCAAAGGCUUUCAUUGCUUCUUUGUAACUUCCUUUAAAAUUGUUUUUUUUUUUAACUUUAAAGAUUCGCAUGCAUUUUAUCCUCUCUGUUAAUUGUCAUGAUGCUGUGGCUUUGAGAGGUUAUUAUUAUAGUUGAAGACAUCUUUUUCACCGUCCAACGUUGAAUCUAUAUGAUUAACAUCAAUUACAAAAAGCAAGUGGUAUGAUGAUGGCCCUAAAAGUUCACGACUAUUAUCAAGCUCUGAUGGUCAAUAAAAAAUGUUUCGACACAUAUCAACUGCUUCCACCAACUAAAUAAUUGUUGAAUAAAAAAUGUUAUAAUGUCUUGGAUUAUAUCGUUUGCUUUU